AUGGCGGCAAACGGUCUCUACAACAUCUACCGUCUGGCUCUCCCCGUCGCCACGGGUGCCCUGAUCUUCAACAACUCUAUUUAUGACGUUCGUGGCGGUUCCCGCGCUGUCAUCUUCGACCGGUUGUCUGGUGUGCAGGAGAAGGUCAUCAACGAAGGCACCCAUUUCCUUAUCCCCUGGUUGCAGAAGGCGAUCGUCUACGAUGUUCGGACUAAGCCCCGUAACAUCUCCACUACCACUGGAAGUAAGGACUUGCAGAUGGUCAGCUUGACACUGCGUGUUCUCCACCGUCCUGAGGUCCCGAAGCUGCCGGCCAUCUACCAGUCUUACGGUACCGAUUACGAUGAGCGUGUUCUCCCCUCCAUCGGUAAUGAAGUCCUCAAAGCCAUCGUCGCCCAGUUCGACGCCGCCGAGCUCAUCACCCAGCGUGAAGCUGUCUCGAACCGUAUCCGCACAGAUCUCAUGAAGCGUGCAGCACAUUUCAACAUUGCAUUGGAGGACGUCUCCAUUACACACAUGACCUUCGGAAAGGAAUUCACCCGCGCCGUAGAGCAGAAGCAGAUUGCCCAGCAGGACGCCGAACGGGCCCGUUUCAUCGUUGAAAGAGCCGAGCAGGAACGUCAGGCCAACGUUAUCCGUGCGGAGGGUGAAGCCGAGAGUGCCGAUAUCAUCAGCAAAGCCGUUGCCAAGGCCGGUAGCGGUCUUAUCGAGAUCCGUCGUAUUGACGCCAGCAAGGAGAUUGCGCAGACACUAUCGACCAACCCGAAUGUCACAUAUCUCCCUGGUAAUGAUGGCAAGGAAGGUGGUAAGAACACCAGCCUCCUUCUGGGGCUGAGGAGCUAA